UGACCCUUUAUUCAAAUUCCCAUAACUUUUGCUUCAAAUUUCUCUCUCUCAUUGGCCUGUUCAACGGCGCCCAAUUUAAAGCAUAUAAUCCAACCCAAACCCAACACCCACCCAUAAUUUCUUCGUAUAAACUCCCCCUUCUCGAACUUUUUCUCCGCUCAUUUCCCCUUUUCAUCGUUUUUGAAGAAAAGGGUGGUUGCUAAGUGCGAUCAUUUUUCCUUUUUGUUCUUGGUGGAAGUUGGUUAUUGGGGGUUUAAUUUAAUGAUGGAUAAUUAUUAUUAUCAUCAGCUUGCAUCGUGUCCUUCUUAUAGGGAUUCACUGAAAGUUCUUGAGGUUGAUAUACAGUUUGCUAAUAUGCUGGCAGCUUCUAUUCCGAGGGAUAAAGGUGGAGCUUGUCUCCGAAUGGAGUUGGGUUACAAUGACAUGGCAUACAUUUUAUCGUUUUUACUCCAGUGGAUCAAUUUCCCGUGUUCAUGCUUGCUUCAAACCUGUCUCAGUUUCUGCUACGUGAUAGUACACAAGGUCUUGCCAGAUGGGAGGCCGAAGCUUACUUCACUUGGGAGGAAGGCAUCCAUUCGAGAGUUUUACGAUGUGAUACUACCAUCGCUUAAGCGUCUGCGAACGAACCCAUUGGAGCUAGAUGUUAGCGAAGGUGAUAUUCAAGCUUUUGGCACAAUUCCUAAAAAGAAAAUAGAAAAAAGGACUAACAAUUCAGAUGUUGAUAUGGAAAGAGAAGAUGAAUGUGGUAUCUGCUUAGAGCCCUGCACCAAGAUGGUUUUGCCCAAUUGCUGUCAUGCAAUGUGCAUCAAUUGCUACCAUGACUGGAACAUGAGGUCGGUAUCCUGCCCUUUUUGUCGUGGCAGCUUGAAGAGAGUGAACUCAGGGGACUUAUGGGUUCUCCCGUGUAUGGGAGACGUGGUUGACCAAAAAACCGUGUCAAAAGAAGACAAGAAACGCUUCUAUAAUUUCAUAAACAAGCUGCCUAAAGAUAUCCCAGAUGCAGUUUUCUUGGUAUACAAUGACUACUUGAUCUAAUCCGAGUUAGGGGAUGGUUACUAUCUGCUUACCAUCUCUUACCCUGUCAGAGAUGCUGUUGUCUACCAAGCCCCUCUUACUAGUCCAUGAUGCUGACCUGGUAAGCGAAGGAGGGACUCUCAUUCGGUUGGUGACUAGUGAUGACCCAAGGCUCCACUCUUAUCCAGUUAGCGCUUACCCAUUAUGCGUUGGUAAAUGGCCUCUUAGUCGAAAAUGGUAACCUUUUCUUGUAUAUUCGUAAAUUUAACGCAAUUGAUUUUGCAGUCGAUUUCUGCAAAAUAAUGUACAUUCCCAGUGUAGAUAUUAACCAUCAUUCACGAUAGAAAAUGUGUUUUCU